AUUAGUAAAAGCAAUGUAUUAAAGCCAUACAUAAUCGGGGGGUCGGAGGCGAGUGGGGGUGCGUUCCCGUGGCAGGUGUCCCUUCAACGACGACAGGGCGGCCUUUGGGGCCAUUCAUGCGGUGCUGUCGUCGUAAACAAGAAUUUCAUUUUGACGGCCGCUCACUGUAUUAAUGGUUUAAGCGAAUCAUCGUUACGGGCAGUGGUCGGCACAAACCAACUCAAUGAUAAGCCGGGCACUGGCAAGACUACAGCCCAUGAAAUUAGCCAGAUCAUUAAACACGAGGCUUACAGCGCUGAGACAUUGGCUAAUGACCUAGCUCUUAUUAAAGUCAAACCCGAUUUUAAUCUUGAUAAUUCUGAUGGAUUUGUAAACAGUGUAUGUCUGCCAACAGAGGGACAGAAGUUUACGCAAUACGUGACACAAUCCGGAUGGGGCACAACAACGGUUGACGCUGGAGGUCAGACGCCGUCCAAUAAGUUAAUGUUUAUCAGUGAUGUGCCAAUUGUUUCGUUACCCAAAUGCCGAUCAAUCUAUGGCUAUAACCAGAUCCGAGAGGGUAUGCUCUGUGCCGGCGCUCCCAUAGACUCCCAACAGCCACCGAAAGGCUUCUGUCAGGGCGAUAGCGGAGGACCGCUGACACAGAAGGGGCCCAACAAUCGUGCAGUUCUUGUGGGCAUUUCGGCCUUCAAUAGACGGUGCGCUUCGGCCGACGGUAUACCAGAUGUUUUCGUUGAGAUCUCCUAUUAUCGCAAUUGGAUCGAUAAGAAUGCCAUUGAAUAAUACAUGUGUGUAAAAGUUACUAUUGAUUAUUAUCGUCAUCGAUGUAAUAAAUUUAAUAAACGAAAAAUA